CAAAACUGCCCGAAAUCAGAGGACCGUUGGCACUUUGACAUUUAAAUUUCAAAUUGAAAGGAAAAAUAAAUAAGAAAAACAAGAAAAAAAAACAAAGGCAACGAAAAUCAGAUAAACAAGAGAAGCCAUGAAAGGAAAGAUUUCAGUCUCGUCGUCGGAGAAAUCAAUGGCAUCAUCAUCAUCGAGCACCACGACGGCUACUACUGUGUCUACGGAUGAUUCAGAGAGAAGAGACAGUAAUUGCUACUUCCCAGACUGUAGCAAAGACGCGAAUUGUAGCUGCGAGAUCUGUCUCCAAAGCCUCAACGCAACGCUCGAUCUCAUGCCUCCCAGCGUUCAGAAAAGCUCCCUCUCGAAGCUCUCUUACGCCUCCAAUUUCAAAUCCACCGUAGAAUCCACUCCGACUUCGUUUGACCCGGCCGUCGUCACCACGCCCGCUUCGGUUGCUCGCCCAAUCUCCAGGGUGAUCCCUCCGCCGAAGAAGAAAUCAAAAGUUUCCGAGGCCGAAAAACCGAGGAAGGAGUCCAAGAGCGAGAGAAGGCCACUGGUUCGCGCUGUUCUGAAAGUGGUUUUGGGAAUUGCUCUGGUUCUGUGUUUGGAAUUAGGGUUUGGUUGGGUGCUUAAAGGGAUUUUAAAACCCGAAUUUACAGAGGCCAUAGUUAGGAGCGCUGGUGAGGGAUCUCAGUCUGCUCGUGAUCUGGGUGCGAAGCUGAGAAUCACGGAAGAUGAAUUAAAGGGUUUUGCUAAUAAUGGAAAGUUUUCGAGCUGCAGAGGUUCUGAUUCCAAAUGGAAAAUCGAUCAGGAUGGUCCAUUGUUGAACUCAAAGUGUGUGGUGUACAAGUCCGCAAUUGAAGAGGUGAGUAUAUGGGGAUGGCCUUUGCAGACUGCCGGUUUGUUCCGUACCGGAUUCUCCUCAAGUUCAAUCACCGUAUUAUCAGGCCGAGUAACUGAGUGGUCAGAAGGGAAGUUCGGUUACUCGAUUCGUGAGGCCAACACUUCGUGGGGGAAAUCCAAAUGGAGCACCUCGGUUCUGCAACUAGAUCCCAAUACCUGGAUUCUUGAGUACAGCCAAAGCUCGGUGACAGAGAGUUGGAGCUUGUUGUCACUAAUAAUCGAUCUCCUGACACACAUGAUGUACCAGGCAGCAAAGAAUGUGAAACGGGAGCUUUUCUGUGUGGUUUCAGCCUCAGGGAAUCUGUAUAGUGAAGCAGUAUCAAAGGCUACUAGCACAAUGACACCAACUUAGAGAUACUACUUAUGAUGAAAAAAAAGAAAAGUAAUCGCUUUUUUGCCAUCUUGUAAUCUUUUAACUAUAGUCAAUGAGCCAUGAACAACAAGUGCUUUUGUGACUGUUGUUACUGUGUAGUUGUAGAAAGGGGUAGGCAUUCUGAUCUUAUGUUAGUACUUAUUUCAUGUCAUUUCUACUCAAAAAGAAUGCUGAAUGUACUUGGA